CUCCGGGCCCGCCUCCGGGGUCUGGGUCUAACGAGAGCCGGGAAAAGGUACUGUUGCUACAGCCAUCUCGUCUCGGCACCGGACUCCUCCCAGGACCUGUGAUGCCAAGUCUGCUGCGAAGGCCGAGGAAGAGUCGGGGCUGAACCCCUGCGGAGCCGAGGUCUCGCGCUCUUCUGGUCUACCCGGCCCGUCCCACCUGAAGAAAUGAGUGGUGGAUUGGCUCCAAGUAAGAGCACAGUGUAUGUAUCCAACUUGCCCUUUUCCCUGACAAACAAUGACUUAUACCGGAUAUUUUCCAAGUAUGGCAAAGUUGUAAAGGUUACUAUAAUGAAAGAUAAAGAUACCAGAAAGAGUAAAGGGGUCGCAUUUAUUUUAUUUUUGGAUAAAGAGUCUGCACAAAACUGCACCAGAGCAAUAAACAACAAACAGUUAUUUGGUAGAGUGAUAAAAGCAAGCAUUGCUAUUGACAAUGGAAGAGCAGCUGAGUUCAUCCGAAGGCGAAACUACUUUGAUAAAUCUAAGUGUUAUGAAUGUGGGGAAAGUGGGCACUUAAGUUAUGCCUGUCCUAAAAAUAUGCUUGGAGAACGUGAACCUCCAAAGAAGAAAGAAAAAAAGAAAAAAAAGAAAAUCCCUGAACCAGAGGAAGAAAUUGAGGAAGUAGAAGAAAGUGAAGAUGAAGGGGAAGAUCCUGCUCUUGACAGCCUCAGUCAGGCCAUAGCAUUCCAGCAAGCCAAAAUUGAAGAAGAGCAAAAAAAAUGGAAACCCAGUUCAGGGGGUGCCUCAACAUCAGAUGAUUCCAGACGCCCAAGGAUAAAGAAAAGCACAUAUUUCAGUGAUGAGGAGGAACUUAGUGAUUAAAAUUAUAUUUAUUAUGUCAAUAUCACUAAAAUAAAAAAAUCUUGGAGUGUAAAGUUAGUUGGGGAAUAAAGAUAAUUUCUAGGAUUUGAGCAUAAAAACACUUGAUACCAAACAAAUAGUUUCUUUACUAUAAAAUAGUUCAUAGGAAAUUUAACAAUAAUUUUAAAGUAUCAUGUUUCUAUCUUGCUUAUAGCAUAGUACUAAAAAUCAGGAUUUGAUAGUAACAAUCUUGAUAAGAGCUAAUUUUUAUAAAAGUAAGAAAACAAUACUAUCAUAGUAAUGCUAUUGUCAUCCCAAGAAAAAAGAUAGAUAUUAAAAUGAUUUAUUUCAGGGUUGGCCAGUUAUCUCAGUUGAUUAGAGCAUGGUGUUGAUAACACCAAGGUUAAGAGUUCAAUCCCUGUACUAGCCAACCACCAAAAAAAAAUAAGAGUUAUUUCAGAAGUUCAUUAUAAAAGCUUUAUUCAUGUCUGAUGGGUUUACAUGAGGACUUUGGGAAUAAAUUUAAUCUUUAGAACAAAAACUUCAUAAAGACUGAAAAGUUGAAUGAUUUAUUGUAAUAAUAAUGUUAAUAAACUUUCCAGGGGAAUUUUGUCUUUAAAUACAGAUGUUUUGUCAUCUUACUUUUUCUAGCUUUUUCCCAGUCUGAAUAAGUCAUAAAUAUCCAUAAAAUAUAAAGUAGCUUUAAAGGGCUUAUAACCAAACAGUUAUUUGUCUGCCCUGCCUGUAGCAACAAAUUCCAUUCCCCAGAUGUAGCUACUUAUAACUUUGCUGUUUUUUUCUUAUGCACAUACAUAUUGCUAAAUAAAAUAUAUAUUUAUUUCUAUCACUUAAUUCAUAAAGGAAUAAAGAAGGAUUCUUCAGUCUCAUACUGUCCCCUACCUUCCUACAUCUUCCCAGUGGCUAUGUUACAAUUUUUGUUUAAGCCCAUAUUUACUGUCUUUUUUUAUGCCCAUGUAAAUACUUUUCAUUUCUGAGCCAAGGAGUGUGCUAUGAUUACAUUUUUCCCAGAAUUACUGAUUGUCUCAUUUUUUCUUGUAUUUAUUACAUUUCUUUGUAUUUAUGACUAAAUCUUCCCAUACUUUCUGCAGGUGGUUAUAUGGAAGUGGGAUUACAGAGCAUUUAAUUUUCUAUUUUGUAUAUUUCUAUGCAGUUUGGAUGCUUUGUAAUAAUACCCAUUUAUCACUUUUUAAAUUAUUAAAAGCAAUAAAAAUAUUUCCACUUUGAAAGCUACAAAGACAAUGAAACUGUUAACCAACCUGCUAGCAAAGACUCUUCUAGCUCUCGACAAGGAAACCAGACAGAAUGAUUGAGUAUAGUACUCCACUUUCUGUUCAUUCAUUAAUUAGUCAAAUACCACAAAAAUUGAAGGCAACAAAAAAAGUUGGGAAAAGAUUUGCUAGAAAAAUAUAUAAAAUUUGAGGGCUGACUGGUUAGCACAGUUGGUUAGAGACACACACACACACACACACACACACACUUUUUACGAAUACCUAAAAACACAAACUAAUAAAAAAUGAGCUAGUGACAUAAAUAAAAUAUAUAGAAAAUAAAUAGUAAAAAUAUCUUUAUCAUUAGUUAUUAAAGAAAUCUAUUACAACCAGUGAAAUAUUAUGUUUUUAUCUAAUUAGGAAAAAAAAUAUUGUUGAUGAGAGUGACAUAAGAGUACUUUUGGUACUGUAAAUUGGUUCAUUUCUGAAGGCUAAUUUAACAAUAAGUGUCAAAUAUUAAGUAUAUUCUGUUCUUUGAAACAAAUAACAUUUUAUCUUAGGGUUCUAAUCAGAAAUACAAGUAUUUAUGUAUGAAGAUAUAUAUUAUUGUUUAAAAUUCAAAACACAUGAGGCUGGCGGUUAAGAGAUAGAAAAUAGAGAUUACCAGGGGCUGGAAGGAGGUGGGAAGGAGGAGUUGUUAUUUAAUGGGGUACAGAAUUUGUUUAGGAUGAUGAAAAGUUCUGGAAGUGAUGGUGGUUACAAAACAUUGUGAAUGCACUUAACACCAUUGAAUCUCCUACUUAAAAUGGCAAAUUUUAUGUAUAUAAAAAUUUUAUGUAUACAAAUUUUAUGUAUAUAAAAAUGUGCAAACAUAACUAGUUGAAAAUUUUGUGUAAAGAGCAGGCCACUAACAUGCCAAUCCUGCUGAACUAUGACAUUUUCAGACUUCUUCACCUGCCUGUUAACGAGAGUAUUAUCAGAUAGGUUCUGCAGCUCAGGCAGGGUAUUUAGGGAUCCUUCCUGUAAAGGGACAUACAGCACUGAAUAUUUGGGGUCCUAAAGAAAAUGUCAUUUCAGUAUAAAGCCCCCAAAUUGAUAAGCACAAGGUGGUGGUGGUGAUAUAUGCUCUGAUCAACUUUUUAGUGCUUCAUAUGCAAAUGUGAAGUCAGAUAAGCAGCAACAAACAUUUGAGAAAAGGCUUCAAUACAACAGAGACCCAAAAUGCACCUACAAAAGAAAAGGGAGCUUAGAGGAGCUGAAGAAUUCUAGCGUUAAAAAUCUAUCCUUCCCCUGGGGUUUCAGAAAAUGGAUUGGACCUGUAAUAAACUUGGUAGUUUCUAAAAUGAAAGCAUUUGUCAAGCAAAGAAUGCCCCUCAUUCUGGAUAUAAGUAAUGUUUUGUUUUCUUCUGCAAUCAUAUAUUUACUCGUUUGCUUUUUUGAGUAAUAGAUACCUUAUUCUGAAACUGCCAAUUAUAACUUUAAAAUAUUGUGAAAUUCAUUACAACCACAUAUAAU